AUGACAGACUCUUUUUUAAAAAAAAUAUUAUGUGAAGGGCUCUAUAAUUGUAUUCAACUCAAUCUACGAUUUCAAACUGCAAAUGACUCUCAAAAUGGACAAGAGUGUAAUAUUCCACUUGAUUCAAGUUCAACUAUAACUAUUUUAAAAAGUUGCACAUAUUACAGUUAUGAUUUACAAAUACAAGGCAAAAGUUUAAACAUCACAAAUGGCGCGAUAUUGACAGUUGAAACGAACGCACAUAUUAAUCUCAAUGGAAAGAUGAACAUCAAUGCGUCAAGCACAGUGCUCAUUGGAUUAACACUUUUCUUAAACUUUAAUUCAGAACUAUUAUUAAUAGAAAAUUCAAGAGUUGAGACAUCAAAAAGUACUUUUUUAUAUGGAAAUUCUUCAACAAAAUGUCUGAGUACUUCUCAAUUCAUUUCUAAAGGAAAUAUUAUUAUCAGUGAAAAUGCAACACUAAAUAUGAAAGAUAUGUCCAUUCUUAAUUCCUCGUCUUUUGUCGAAUUCAAAGACAAUUCAAAAAUCACAUUUGAAGGAAGUUCAAAAUCGACUUCGUUGAACAAUACAAAUAUAUAUGACAACUCUCUAUUGAAUAUGACUGAUGUUUCUUCUCUUGUUUCUGCUCUUUCUGUCGACUUCUUUGGAUACUCGCAAACUUACUUGGGAGGACAAUCACACGUGGAGACUUCAGAUAAUAUGAACAUACACGAAUAUGCGACACUGAGUCUCUCUGCAUUUUCAAAAUUAAAUACAUCCAAAAAUAUAGAAAUCUUCAAAAAUUCGAAGCUCACAAUUCAAGACGGGGGGAAAGCAGUUUCUGGGAAUGAUAUGAACAUCUAUGGAAAUGCAACAGUCACUUUGAGAGGAAGUUCAUUCCUCUUAUCUUCAUCCAAACUUUUUGUUUAUGGUAAUGCGAGUGUGACAUUUGAAGAUGAAUCGAAUGCAAUUUCACUCAAUAAUAUGUUCUUCCAAGGCAAAUCUGAGUUUAUUAUGAAAGACUUUUCAACACUUGUUUCUUCGAGUCAAAUAAACUUUAUUGAAAAUGCCACAGUUUCGUUAUAUGGCCAUUCUAAAGUUGUUGCUGACGGAAACAUUAAUAUGUAUAAUGAUGUGUACUUUAAUAUGUAUGAUUACUCAGAAAUGAGUGGCAAAUCACAAAUGAGUAUAGGAGGCAAUACAAUUCGAGUGGUGAUGAGUGACCAUUCAGUCAUAAAGGUACGAGAUAAUACACUGUCUUUGAUGAAAUAUUUGGAUAUGAAAGAUACGUCUGAAGUGAAUGUGAAUGUAUUUACCUUUACUUCAAAUGGCGUUUUGAAUAUGAGUGGGACAAAUACAAAUUUGAAUGUACCGAAGAUCAUCGCGAAUCAAUUUCAAUGUGACAGUGGAGAGAUUAGAAUAAGCGUAGACACGCUCAUUCGUGUAAAUGACGCACUCCAAUUGGACGGUUGUAAAUUACUUGUGGCCGAAAGAAGUAUCAGAGACUUUCCUUU